AUGUAUCCCGAGAGGCCACAGUCAGUUGCAGACUUAGUUCCGCUUCCGCAGGGCAAUGGUCCCAAGAUAAAAGCGUUUGACUUCCAAGGCCCCCAGCAGAUCGAGUUCUUAGACCAUCUAGGAUCAGGAAUACAUUCUAUUGUGUUCAAAUUCAGGUUCCCGAGCGACGAAAGCUGGGUCUCACCAGCGCACCCGGACAACUGGGAUGAUCCGGACGCACUUGGAGCCUUCUACCCUUAUUCUGAGCCUUUUACUUGCGAGUGCCCUGCAUUUGGCCGACUUAAGAGACCGGUUACGAAGAACUGGCAGUCAAAUUUCGCCUAUCUCCCCGCCCACAAACUCAGCUUCACCUGGGAUGGCUAUCAUGAUGGUGAUGAAGAGGAGUAUUACAGGGACGCUAAUCUUCGAGACAUGGGGACUCGUUUUCGUUGCAGCGAUGGUAGUCUCCCGCCAAUUCGAGGUAUCAUCAAGGAGUUCGGAGAGAGCAAAGUCUUGGAUUACAAAGGCGCCAAAAGCAUCCUCAGAGACAUCAAAUACGUACAGCAACUCGGAAUUACUGACCUAGACCUUGCACACAGGCAGAUCAUCAAUGGUAAGCUGUCCGAUUUCAGCACAUCCAUCACGGUUCCUCACUUUGCCAGCAACCCAGAGUGGAAUCUACAUCUCUCACGAUCUUGCAGAUCAAAGAUCGAGUUUGAACUCUUCGCCACCUGCUACAAGGAUUUUCGAGACUUUGAUAUAAUGAUACACGAUUGGAACGAGGAUCACAAGGAUUAG